AUGGCAGUGUCUGCUCUUCUCUGUGAAGGCAAAGGGCCUCUGAGGGAGUAUUACAGCCGCCUCAUCCACCAGAAGCAUUUCCAGCACAUCCAGGUCUGCACCCCCUGGCUGGAGGGCCGAGGACUACCCCCGCUUCUAGGGUCGGGGGACCUGGGUGUCUGUCUGGACACGUCCUCCAGUGGCCUGGACCUGCCCAUGAAGGUGGUGGACAUGUUCAGGUGCUGUUUGCCUGCGUGUGCCGUGAACUUCAAGUGUUUAUAUGAGCUGGUGAAACAUGAAGAAAACGGCCUGGUCUUUGAGGACUCAGAGGAACUGGCAGCUCAGCUGCAGUAUUUUGCAGAUGCUUUUCUCAAACUUUCCUGAUCCUGCAGGCAAGCUAAACCAGUUCCGGAAGAACCUGCGGGAGUCGCAGCAGCUCUGAUGGGAUGAGAGCUGGGUGCAGACUGUGCUCCCUUUGGUUAUGGACACAUAACUCCUGGGCCAGAGGCUAAAACCCCAGGACUCCUGCUGUCCUUCCCGCAGCUUCUUCUCGGAGUCUCAGGGCAAACCCUUUCGAGCAGCGCCUCCCAGUGGCCAGAAGCUGAAAUGAUGGCAGUGGUGCUGCCUGGUGAAUGAAUUGGUUCUGUGACCCUGGAA